AUGUCAACUCGAACGAAAACUGUAUGUGUGAUUGGCGCUGGUCCCUCAGGGCUCGUAGCAGCCAAAACACUCACUCACGAUCAUCCAAAAGGCACCUUUGACGUGACUGUUUUUGAGCAGUCGCAGAGAAUAGGUGGAUUAUGGCCUAUAUCUCGUGAUGAUAAUGGUCUACUAAAUCCAGAUAUGUGUACGAAUCAAAGUCGUCAUACAGUCAGCUUCAGUGAUUUGGCAUGGUUUGCUUCAUCGCCUGCUUUUCCGAGAGCAUGGCAAGUCGGGAGAUACCUCGAAGACUAUAUUAAAAUGUACCCUGGAUAUUCAAUCAAGACGGGAGUCAAAGUAGCCAAGGUCGAACCGCCAUUCAAUUGGCAAACCGCUUCAGCUACGUCAGGGAAAUGGAAUGUGCAUGUUCAACAUACUGGGCCUACCGAAUCCCCACAGGUUCACGAAUUCGAUCAAGUAAUUGUGGCCACUGGUUUCUUUGGAAAGCCUAAGAUACCUGAUAAUCUUGCAAAUCUUCCAGCUCCAGUCUGGCACAGUUCCAACCUUCGUGAUGUCAAUAGUGCGUUGACCGACAAUGGAAGACUCUCUUCACCUAAGGGCAAGAACAUUGUGGUUGUUGGAGGGCAAAUGUCUGGCGUCGAAACCGCAGCAGCAGUAGCUUUGCAGUUAUCCUCUUCCGUGAACUCAACGGAACGUCAGAUUCCAAAUGCAAAAGAAUACAAGGUCUACAAUGUGAUUCAACAGCCAUUUUGGGUGAUGACCUUGACAAUGCCAAAUAACCCGAACAUUGAUGGUGUAAAGCCCGAAGCUGAACAGAUACCAAAUCCAGCACCAAAAUUCUUACCCCUCGAUCUGGUCAUGUACAAUCUUGGAUGGAAACCUCCUGGGCCUCUCAAAAACUCAUCUGGUCACAUAUCACCAGAGAUGGCAAAAGCAACUAACGAAUUCUUAAACAAGUAUCUGGGGACCGAUCAGAGCGGAAUAGGUACAGAUCAUCUAGCAAUAGCAGGAGAUGUUCGCUCUGAGCCACCACGACUUGCAGUUAGUGACAACUAUGUCGAGUUUGUCCGAGCUGGAGAUAUUAAAACGAUCCGAGGAAAGGUGAUCAGUGCAGAACCCAAUCAAUCAAACUCCAUCACUGUGGAGGAGAACGGAAACCAACAGGUAAUUGACGAUGUUGCAGCAGUAAUAUUGGCAACUGGUUUUGAUGCAUCUCCAUCACUGGAUUUUCUGCCCAAGGAAAUCCUCCAACAUCUCUCGUUUGAUGAGUCAAGCAGUGAACUACCACUGGCCUUAAAUUUACACUCCACUAUUAAUGCGAAUCUCCCCUCUCUAGGCUUUGUAGGGUUUUAUCGAAGUCCCUAUUGGGGCGUCAUGGAAAUGCAAGCUCGAUUCUUGGGAAAACUCUGGUCUGGCGAUGUACAUGCACAGAAGACCUUAGAAUCAGACAAUACCCUCGACGAACUUCUCCAGCUACGCACUGAUCCACGACUCGCUCAAUUUCCAAUGGGUGAUUAUGCAUACCUAAUGGAAUCAUUUGCCACAGCCGUCGGGAUCAAGCGACAAGAACCCACAGACGACCCAGAAGCACGUACAGGAAUCGUACUUCCAUCCCGCUACAUUUAUUCACAGGCAAGCCCUGCUCAGAAAGAACAAGCAGCACUCGCUCUCUCUGCCAUCUCUUCCACAUUCGAUUCUUCCACACGCGGAAAUUUUGUCUCUAAGGCCAUAUUCCGUUCACUCCAAGGGACAUGGAGACUUUCCCGCUCUUUAAGAAGUUCUCUCUCCACCUUCCCCUCCGGUACCUUCACGGGAACCGCAAAAUUUCUCCCUCGCUUCCCUACCACCCCAUCUUUCGAUUCCGAAUACUUGUAUAUCGAAGAAGGAGACUUCGUAACGGAUACAGGAAUGACAUUUAAAGCCAGUAGAAGAUACGUAUAUCGAUACAGAGAGGAUACUGAUACGCUUAGUCUAUGGUUUGUCAAAACUGAUGAUAAUCUGGGUGUAGAUUAUUUGUUUCAUGAGAUGGAGAUUUUAAUUCCUGAAGUCCAAGAUAAGAGGGAUGGACAGGCAAGGAUUAUGGGAUGGAGAGCAAAGUCAAGUCAUCUUUGUAUUGCUGAUACGUAUGAUGUGGAAUAUGAGUUUAGAUUCAAGGGGGUCAAUGUAGAGGAGUGGAGGCAGGAAUACAGCGUUAAAGGGCCAAAUAAGGAUUACAGGAUCAAAAAUGAGUAUAGACGGUAG